AUGCCAAAUGAUAAUAUUCAAGGUGAUGAACAACCAAAAAUGAUUCAUGUCAUAGACGUAGUUAAUGAUCUAUUUACUGAAGAACCGCCAGCACAUAUAGAAUGUGGUGAUAUUAUUGAAUUUAAAAUAAUAAAAAAAGAUGAAUAUGAUAUAUUUCAAGUAUAUAAAGAUGGUGACGAUUAUUAUCGAAAAGAUCAUGGCUAUGAAUUAUUGAAUAUUAAUACUCGUAUAAGUAUACGCUAUAAAUAUCAGGGUGUAGGUAAAAAAGUGUAA